AUGGAGCCCCGCAGCGCUGCCUCUCCUCCUUCUCCUCCUUCUCCUCCGGGGCCCACCGUCGGGGACGAGAAGUGCCAGUCGCUGGAGCUGAUGCCGGGGCCGGCGAGCCCCUCCAUCUCGGCGGUGAUGUUCUCGGCGGGGCUCCUGGGGAACCUGCUGGCGCUGGGGCUGCUGCUCUGGUCCCGUCGGGGGCGGCGUCGGGGGUCGCGGGGGUCGCUGGCCCCCUUCCGAGUGCUGGUGACGGGGCUGGUGCUGACGGACCUUUUGGGCACCUGCCUGCUGAGCCCGAUGGUGCUGGCCUCCUACGGGGCCCGGAAGAGCCUGCGGGGGCUGGACGGCGGGGAGGGCCGCCUGUGCCAGGCCUUCGCCUUCGCCAUGAGCUUCUUCUCCUUGGCCACCAUGGGCUGCCUGGGCGCCAUGGCCCUGGAGCGCAGCCUGGCCCUCGGGGCGCCCUACUUCUACCAGCGGCUGCCCCGGGGCCUCUGGUGGGCCGCCCUGCCGGCCUUCGACGCCUUGGCCGCCGCCUUCUGCGCCUUGCCUCUGCUGGGCUUCGGGCACUACGUCCAGUAUUGCCCGGGCACCUGGUGCUUCAUCCAGACCCACUGGACGCCCCCCUCGGAGGGGGACCCGGGGGGCCUGGCCUUCGCCCUGCUCUACGCCUCGCUGCUCCUGCUGCUCAUCCUGGCCGUCCUCCUGGGCAACCUCAGCGCCAUCCGCAGCCUGGCCCACAUGCACCGACGCCGCGGCCAGGAGCGCCUCUUGGCCCCAAGGAGAGCCCUGGCCCUCUCCCAGGAGCUGGACCACCUCCUCCUCCUGGCCAUCAUGACCCUCACCUUCGCCGUCUGCUCCCUGCCCUUCACGAUCCAUGCCUUCAGGAACAGUUUUACUCGGGGUGGCGAUUACAAGGAAGACCUUCGGGUGAUGAGGUUUCUGUCCAUUAAUUCCAUCAUUGACCCCUGGGUGUUCAUCAUCCUGCGUCCCUCAGUCCUCCGGUUGAUACGUUCUGUACUCUGCUGUCGAAUGCCAUUCAGGUCACGGACUAAGAACAAGCAGGGAUCUUUUGUAGCUAAACCAAAGCCUAUGCCAGAGGUUGACAUUUGCCGUCAGUAGUCCUCCACAGUUUUGGAGAGUACAUCUGGCCAUCUGAGGGGUCCUCAGGGUAACUACAGAAACAUAACUUGAAAGUUUUGAUUUUUGACUUAUCAUGUCUGCUGAGUACUGUAUUGAUGUGUGCCAUGGACUGUCCAUUGUCCUGCAUUUGUCAGAGGCACAUCUGGGAGGACUGUCCAAAGUGACCCCAUCUUUGUGUUUGUGUUGCCCCAGA